UUUAAUUUGUGAAUGGCCAAAAGGUGAAUGUUACCCAGCAAAAAGGAGAAGAAGAGAAGUACAUAUUUUGAUUGAUUUGAAAUAAGCGGCAUCGUACAGAUUGUACUUUCCCGUGAGAAAUUUCGAUAUUGGCAACAGAAAAGGUAUAAUAAAUCGCGGAUGGACGCAAAAUUGAUUUUCCUAAUAGAAGGGAGAGAAGCACUUUGGCAGAAUCAUCCGCUGAGCUUCCCGCGGUGGUUCGUCGAUCAGCAAUGGGAGGAAAUUUCCACUGAGCUGGGAGUAUCGAGUAGCACAAAUUUUUUUAUUUUAGCGGAUGACGCAAAACGGAGAUGGCGAACGUUGCGAGACACUUUUACGCGGAAACUAAAAACCGGCACCCACUGGGAGCACGAACAGUCGAUGGCGUUCUUGACACGCAAAACUAAUCACCCGGAACGUCAGGAGCUACUGUUAAAGAAGAACGGAGCAAAAAAACUUAAACGACACCGUCCGAAGGUUAAGGCAGUUUCAUCGACCACUAUAGUCUCAUCCACCGAGGAAACUGCAAAGAGUCCAUCCCCACAAGCUGUGGAGGUUGAAACGGUCGAUCAAGCUCCUGCGGAUGUCCCGGCACACAGCGUACCAUUGUGUCCUCGAACUGAACCGAAUCUGGAAGAUCGACGAAACACAAACAACAGCAUAGCGGAUGUAGUUGAUGCCUGCAGUGCCGCUGUUGUGCACAUCGAGUGUGACGACACGCUGCAUUAUGAUAUUUUCUCAGGACAAACCCUGACGGUUUCCAGUGGAUCUGGCUUUAUAGUGGACCAAGCUGGUCUUAUCCUAACGAACAUACACGUAGUAAUUGGCAAACCAAAUGCUUCGCUCACGGUUAAACUACCAGACGGGCGAAAGUUUCCCGGAGCCAUCGAGCAGGUGGAUCCGAAUUGUGAUCUGGCAUUGGUGCGCAUUCAAUGUGAAGACCUACCGGUGAUUAAGCUCGGUGAAUCGGCCAACCUGCGGUUGGGCGAACAGGUCAUUGCCCUCGGUAGUCCUCUGACACCGAUCAAUACUGUUACUGCCGGCAUUGUUAAUUCGAUGCAAUGCUCAUCAGCAGAGUUGGGCCUACGGGGGAAGAAUAUCAACUACAUACAAACGGAUGCGGCCAUUACUUUCGCCAAUUCGGGUGGUCCAUUGGUUAACCUAAGUGGGGAAGCGAUUGGAGUCAACAGUAUGAAGCUGACACCGGGAAUGAGCUUCGCAAUUGCCAUUGACCACGCUAGGGAACUGCUGCAGAAGGUAAAGGAAAGAGGCACAUCGACAGCACUUUCUCCGUGCAUGGGAUUAACGGUGCUCACCCUGGUGCCGGAGAUACUGCGCGAGUUGCGACAACGAAGUCUCGACGUACCGGACAAUUUUCGUAGUGGAAAUCUAGUGUGGAAAGUUGUCCAGGGAUCGCCAGCCCAUGUAAUUGGUCUCUAUCCAGGUGACAUCAUUACCGGCAUAAACGAUAGGGAAAUGGUGAAUUCCGCGGAUCUAUACAAAAUACUGGAGGACACGAAUUGUCCUUUGAAGAUUACCUUCUUCCGAGGCGAGGAGAACCUAACAAGGUUCGUACAACUCUUACAGCGUGAUACGGCAUCGUGUUGGGAACAGCAGAGUGAUGCCUAAACGUCAGUUUUCAGUCGCCAAUUAGGAAUUUUGAAAUAUUAUAGUAUUCAAACAAUGGUUUCUUCCUUUAGAAAUGCUCAAGUGCUUUUACUUAAGACUUUUGUUUAUUUGAGAAGAUAUACGGAGAUAUACGGAUAU